CGGAAUAUGUUUGCGUCUCGAAUAAGAACCUUAGCAGCUCGAGGGGGGUUUGUUUCCGGUGCGUGUGCAAAAAAACGCCCACACUCGGCACUACAGGCGAACAAUUUCAGAAAUAGAGAUAUCGCUCCCAUAGCCGCGUGUGCACUUACGAUACAAACAGCCAAAUGCACCACAAACACUCCAAAUAAAGAAUCCGAAUCGAAUUCGGUCGAAAGGGCUGAGGAGAAACUAGACGAAAUCGUCCAUGGCGUCCUGAAUAUCACGCACAACCAUUGCUUCACACACGGACACACCAUCGUAAACACUGCCAUAUCGCAAGCUUUGGACAUCUGUCAGUUAAAGCACACCCUCGUAGCGGGCUUUCGCGUCCGAUCGUGGACCCCACAAGAUGGGUCUCCACCACAUCAUGAAGCCAAGGCGCACACGUGGAUCUGUGACCAUCUGGGGCGUGUGCUUGAUUUGAACUGUGAUUUCAUGCCGUUUGUGAAAACAAGCGUAACGGCUGACACAGACCUGUCUAGCCCAGAGGCGUUUGCUGCGUUCAUGAACUCCAAGCGCAGUGAAUGGAAUGACGACAGCGUAGAUGAAGUACUUAGCUACACAGGCGUACCUCCGGUGGGCUGUGUCACUGCCAAGGGAGUCAUCGCCACAGUGCCUGAGGGUGCGGAGCGUAUAGGUGACGAUUGCGUCGGCAUAGAUAAGUUUCUGGGCUUAGGGUGUGGGCGCUUCUCGUGCCACUACUAUCCCAAGUCAGUGUCCAAUGGAGAGGGUGAAGUCGUGUUGCCUGACCUGCCAGGUCUCGUAGUGGUGCCAGGACAGCCUUCGGUAGAUUCACUGGAGAGUGUGCUCCUGUCACGAGAGAUGUACAAACGACUGCUUUCGCCCGAAGUCAAACUGCGCAUCUUUGAACCGAUCAGUAAUCUGGGCAAGGCGCCAACGACAAAGUGA